AUGCCAACUGUCGGUGGACCACGGCAAAGUCGAAGAAUUUGGAUAUCCCGAGUAACUAACUCCACGUUAUUGCAUGGAGCACCAGUGUGGGAGAACACCUCAUCAAAGAAGAAAAUGCUAGCAAUAUUUAGGAGAGGCUGUCUAAGAGUCUGCAGUGGUUUCAGAACAAUAUCAGGUGAAGCAGCAAGUGUCGUAGCGGGAAUUAUACCAGUAGAUAUAGUUGCCAAAGAACUUUCAAAUGUGUAUAAAGAGUUAGCGGAGAAUCCCUCAGCUCCCAAGAAUAUCAUCCGCAAGCUGGAAAGGGAAAAAAUUACACAAAGCUGGCAAAGAAGAUGGGAAAAUUCCCCGAAAGGUAGAUGGACUUUUAGGCUACUGCCUCAUAUCGAAAAGUAG